AUGUCCCAAUACGCUCUGCGGCGAACGCAGACAGACAUCUACGCUGGCAAUACACAACGGCAACCCUCGGCGGCCUCGACAGUAUCUUCAGCCUAUUCUGCUGCAUCAAGUGCCUUCCCUCCUAGCCGAACAAGCACAGUGACAUCGACCAGUUCCAGCCUUUACUCGAGGGCGUCUCCUAAUCACAAACGGGGAGUCAGCGAAGCUGGAGACAUGACCCCAACGCGGUCAUACAAAGGCCACAGCAGUGUUGAAAAUAGUCCGGACCACGUCUACCGAAAUGUCCGCCAAACGCUGCGACCUCUACCUCAAGCGCCGUCUCCUAAUGCGACUCCACGACGCCCAAGCGGUAACCAUGUUCGGGCGCAGACGCUCGAUCGAUUCCCCCAAAUUCAUACCGAAGACCCGUUUGUCGACAAGCACUUGCACGAACAUCAACUUGAAUCGCAUCAUUCAAGGCCACAUCUCCACCAUGCUGUGACAUCUCCACAUGGAAAUACAUUCAAGGCGCCGGAUAUAGAAGAGCUGCAAAAGUCAUCAACAUCACACCUGAGAGCUUUGUCUAGAUUCGCACAAGAUGGAGACGCCGAAGAGUUCGGGAUUACAGGCACAGGUCACUCGGUCGUCGGCUUACACAAUCGAAGGCAGCUCAAACGAACCGAUUCCGUCGCUCCGGGGUCACGAUCAAAAGCUAAGAGCUAUGGCUGGGGAGAUAGAAACUGGAUGGACAAGCAGCGGCAAUUCCUCCAGGCCUAUGAGUAUCUCUGUCACAUAGGUGAAGCGAAGGAAUGGAUCGAGGACAUCAUCCACAAACCAAUACCUCCAAUCGUGGAGCUUGAAGAGGGCCUGCGCAACGGUGUAACCCUUGCGGAAGUUGUCCAAGCAUUCCACCCUGGUCAUAAUCUCAAGAUCUUUCGGAACCCCAAGCUGCAAUACAAGCACUCAGACAAUAUCGUAAUGUUCUUCCGCUUUCUGGAAGAAGUCGGCUUGCCAGAUCUCUUCCGGUUUGAGCUCAUUGAUUUAUACGAGAAAAAGAACAUCCCAAAAGUCAUCUACUGUAUCCAUGCCUUAUCAUGGCUUCUUUACCGGAAAGGCAUGGUAGACUUUCGAAUUGGGAACUUGGUCGGUCAACUAGAAUUUGAGCAUCAUGAACUGGAACAGACACAGCGUGGCUUGGAUAAGUCGGGCAUUAGUAUGCCGAGCUUCUCAGGGAUGGGUGCCAGCUUCGGUGCCGAACUAGAGCCAGAGCCGGUCGAGACGGAAGAUGAGCGGAUCGAACGCGAGCUGCGAGAGCAGGAGGCUGCUGUGAUUGAUUUUCAAGCGCAACUGAAAGGGGCAUUGGUACGUUUACGGCUUGGAGACAUGAUGCAGCAGCUGUGGGAUCAAGAGGAAGCUCUUGUCGACCUUCAAUCCCGUGUUCGUGGUGACUUUUCAAGACAAAUUGCAGGUUAUCGUCUAGACAUGCAGCGCUUUGCAACAAAUCUUCAGGCAUCCUCCCGCGGUUACCUGGCUCGGAUCCGUCAACGGAACAAGGAACAACUUUGGAAGUCCCGUGAAAUGGAUGUGUUGAAGAUACAGAGUCUUUUCAGGGCAUCAAGAGCUCGAGCAGACCUACGCCAGACAAAAUCCCAAGCUCGUCAACAUGAUGCCGGCAUCCGCAACCUUCAAGCCGCCAUACGGGGUGCCCUCUCGAGGAGAGAUGCAAUCGAUCAAUAUGAAGCAACCAGGACUUCUGAGCGAGAGGUCUUACAUCUGCAAGCUGCAAUCAGAGGUAUGAUGCUACGGCAGCAAAUGAUUCAGAAUCGACUGGCGAUCGAAAGGCAGGCUCUUACCAUCACCAAAUUACAAGCAAAUGCGCGAUCGAUGAUCACUCGACUUGCACAUUCCAGGACUCAUGGCUCUUUGCAAAAGUGGUCUGGCAACUGGACAGCCCUACAAGCCAACGCUCGCGCCUCCCGAGUACGGAAGAACAUCGCACAAACGAACCAACGCCUGCGGGCGGAGAAUACAUCUAUCAGCGAAUUCCAAGCUGCGUUGAGGGGAGCUAAUGCAAGAGAGUCAUAUAGCUCAUUGCAACUUGCUCUUCUUCGUCAAUCCAAGGCACUCAUACCCUUGCAGGCUAAGAUGCGUGGCUUCAUCAUGCGCCAUCAGCUACAGCAGCAGCGUUCGAAAUUGGAUCGACAUGUUUCAAGACUGAUCCGAUUGCAAUCGAUGGCUCGAGGAGCCAUUUUGCGUCUGCAAGUAGCUGACAUCCUCAACGCGCUGGAGGACACAGCCGAGAAUGCGAUUGAGCUACAAUCGUCCAUCCGUGCCAUGCUAUGUCGUGUUCGCGUGGCCGAUUUGCUGGGCGACCUUGAUGUUCAUGAUGGGAUCGUCACAGACUUGCAAGCCAUCAUCCGGGCAAGUGCCAUCCGUUCCCGAUUCCAAGAGAAACAACGAUUUUUCAAGGAAAAUAUGGAAAAGGUCGUCAAGAUCCAGAGCGUCGUUCGAGCAAAAAUACAAGGUAAAGCUUACAAGAGCCUUACUUCCGGCAAGAAUCCACCAGUUGGAACACUCAAAGGCUUUGUCCAUCUUCUCAACGAUAGUGAUUUUGACUUCGAGGAAGAGGUGGAGUUUGAACGACUCCGCAAAACAGUCGUACAACAUGUCCAACAGAACGAACUGGCCGAUCAAUACAUCACGCAGCUGGACAUCAAGAUUGCUCUUCUUGUCAAGAACAAAAUCACUCUAGACGAGGUUGUCAAGCACCAAAGACACUUCGGCGGUCAUGUUGGUGCACUGCUUCCCAAUUCCGAUAUUGCAUCAAAAGAUCCGUUCGAUUUGAAAGCACUCAACAAGAAUUCUCGACGAAAACUGGAGCACUAUCAAGAACUCUUCUUCCUGCUUCAAACACAACCUCAAUAUCUGUCACGACUUUUCAGACGUAUAAGAGAGCAGGCAACAGCUGAGAAAGAAUCCGAUCGGAUCAAGCAUCUUGUUAUGGGACUCUUUGGUUAUGCUCAAAAGCGAAGAGAAGAAUACUACCUCGUCAAGCUAAUCGUGCGUUCCGUCAAGGAAGAAGUAGACUGCUCCAUGUCGCUUCAAGAUUACCUGAGGACGAAUUCAUUUUCCAACAAACUCUUCGGUGGAUACAGCAAAUCGCCAAGGGACCGCAAGUUUCUCAGAGACAUCCUGGGUCCCUUGGUGAAGGAGAACAUCAUCGAGAACGCGUCCCUAGAUCUCGAGAGUGACCCUUUGCAGAUAUACUUGUCAGCCAUUAACAAUGAGGAGCUGAGGACAGGGCGACGAAGCCAUCGAGAUCCAAAUGUGCCACGGGAAGUUGCGAUUCGCGAUCCUGAGACUCGAGCAACGUUCAUUGCUCAUAUGCAGGAUCUAAGGGACAUUACCGACCAAUUCUUCCUCUGCAUCGAAGACUGUCUGCACCGCAUGCCCUUCGGAGUCCGCUUUGUGGUCCAACAGACACAUGAACACCUCCUUGCUCGAUUUCCUGGCGAAGACAAUGACUUCGUACUUCAGCUCGUGGGACAGUGGCUGUGGCGUACAUAUCUUCAACCAGCUCUUCUAGAACCAGAGAAGUUCGGAGUCGCAGAUCGUGCAAUGACCCAAGAACAAAAGCGAAACCUUGGAGAAAUAGCCAAGGUAUUGAACCAGGCAGCAUCUGGCCGUGAGUUUGGAGGGGACAACGUGUAUCUCCAACCGCUAAACAACUACAUCCGCGAAUCCAUCGACCGGUUUGCGAUGAUUUGGCGACAUGUCAUAUCCAUCCCUUCCGCAGAAGAACACUACGACAUUGACGAGUUCAACGACCUCUAUGCAAAGACAAAGCCUACAUUGUACAUCAAAAUGGCCGACAUAUUCUCAAUCCACAAACUGCUCACUCAGGAAAUCAGUGUCAUCUGCCCCAAUCAAGAUGAUGUGCUUCGUGACACACUUCGAGAGCUGGGUAGUGUCCAAAGCAGUGAGAGCGAAUUGAAGGGUGUCAGUUCAAGCGAAAUCAGUCUAACACUAAAUCCGAAAUUUCUCAACGCUGAAGAUCCUGAUGCGGAUGUCAAGGCACUCUUUACCGAAACGAAGCGAUGCGUUCUCUACAUUAUCCGCAUUCAGUCCGGCUCCAGUUUACUCGAGAUCCUAGUGAAGCCUAUCAGUUCAGGAGACGAAGAGAAAUGGGAGGCACUAGUGCGAGAUGAACUUCAGUCUGGAAAUGGACGACGGGGUGCAUAUGCCGACGCCAGCACACACCUUGACAUAUCAACUUUGACCUAUCCGGACCUCAAACGCAUUGCUUUGGAAAACGUCCUCCAACUCGAAUCAAUAGGCCGGCUGACUCGAGCCAACCAGUACCAGGAUCUACUCAAUACCAUUGCUGUUGAUAUUCGUACCAAACAUCGCCGCCGGCUGCAACGACAGAAGGAGCUUGAAAAUGUCAAAACCACUCUGGCACGGCUGAACGAGCAAGCAGUGUAUCUUGAGCAGCAGCUCAAGACGUACAACGACUACAUUGAACAGGCCAUGAUAACACUGCAGAACAAGAAAGGUAAGAAGCGUUUUGUCAUGCCAUUCACGAAGCAAUGGGACCACGAAAGAGAGUUGCAGCGAUCUGGGCGCUCUUUCAAAUUUGGCUCUUACAAGUAUUCGGCACGGACAUUACACCACAAAGGGGUUUUGGUGGAGUGGCGAGGAUAUCACGAGGCUCAAUGGGACCGGGUUGAUCUGACCAUCUCUUCCAACGAGGUCGGCGUCUUCACCAUUGACGGCAGUUCAGGUAACAUGAUGAUACCUGGCGCCAAUGCGCAAGUACCGCUGGACGAUCUCUUGCAAGCACAAUUCAACAACACACAGUUUAUGGAAUUUUUCGAGGGGGCGCUCCGGGUGAAUGUCAACUUGUUCCUGCAUUUGAUUAUGAAGAAAUUUUAUAAUGAAUGA